UCCGCGCUCGCUUCGCAACCGGGGUGGGGGCGGCGGGGAUGCAGGUAGGACAGGCAGCCCUGGGCUCCCUCCCAGCCCCGGACGCCUUCGGCUGGGAUCCCUUGGGCUGCAUCAUUGGCAUGCGGCGCCCGGCAGGACUGCAUCACCGCUAGAGGAGAUGCCAGCGCAGAGCCGCGCUGCGCCGCACACCGCGCUGCGCCGCGCAGGCAGCGGCACCGCCGACGACUUGGGGCGCCCAAGUACCUGGAUGCGGUCACAGCGGGAGGAUCGGCUUGGCUUGCAGAGCAUUUACUUCUAAUCUCCGGCUUGUGACAUCCUAGCAGAGAGGGGCGACCCUUUCAGGAGCAGCUCCACGGGCUAAAAAGAGGGGAAAUGGCUGGUGAAUGGCUGUGAUGAAAUAUUUCCUAGUUCUGGACAUGACCUUCACCACCACAAUGAAUCAGGAAAAACCUAUCAAAUCCUCCUAGCUCCCUGGCUGUGCAAUUUGAUUUUCCCUUGCUGUUCACCAGACAGCAGCACUUCCCACCCAAUGCACAGAAGAAGCCAGCAAGUCACAAAUGACAGCUAAAAAGUGAAGCUUUAUCAAAAGCUGUGUGAGACUCUGUCAAAGAGAAACUUUAUAUAGUAAUUCUCCUUCUGAGCCUGGGAAGCUGUGUAUCCCAUCAGUUCCAAAGAACAGAGAGAAGAUAUGUUCAAGUAACCAAUACCCAAAAUUGCACAAAUCAAUACAUAUAUUGGAGUAUAUACACACAGUGAUCUACAGCAUUUAGAAAUCUCCAUUCAGAAUGGAUGAUGGAUAUAGAAACACAAACCUCUAUCAGGGGGGCAGGGAGGCAAACCAAGUCUCAGAUGACUACAGGUACCAGGAUGGUAACUAUGAAGGGUACGCACCCAAUGAUGGCUACUAUCGUGGUGGGGAUGAGCCUGCUCAUGAAGAAGAUGCCCAGAGUGAUGUUACAGAAGGCCAUGAUGAAGAUGAUGAGGUCUAUGAGGGGGAGUACCAAGGGAUCCCGCACCCAGAUGACAUUAAAGAAAAGCAGAAGAAGCGAGCUCCUGCUGUGGCUGAUGAGUACAGAGACCGUGCUGACCUUAUGGCAGAGAGGAUGGAGGACGAGGAGCAACUUGCCCACCAGUACGAGAACAUCAUUGAGGAGUGUGGCCACGGACGCUUCCAGUGGACCCUCUUCUUUGUUUUAGGGUUGGCACUGAUGGCAGAUGGGGUGGAGGUGUUUGUGGUUGGAUUUGUUCUUCCCAGUGCUGAGAAGGAUAUGUGCUUAUCCAGUUCAAACAAAGGGAUGCUAGGCUUGAUAGUCUACUUAGGAAUGAUGGUGGGAGCUGUCUUGCUGGGCGGCCUCGCUGAUAAACUGGGAAGAAAGAAAUGCCUCAUCAUAUCACUUGCAAUCAAUGCUGCCUUUGCAUUCCUCUCCUCCUUCGUCCAGGGAUAUGGAUUCUUCCUCUUUUGCCGCCUUAUUUCGGGCCUCGGUAUUGGGGGAUCCCUCCCCAUUGUGUUUGCCUAUUUCUCUGAAUUCCUAUCUCGUGAGAAGAGAGGGGAACACCUGAGCUGGCUUUGCAUGUUCUGGAUGAUUGGUGGCAUUUUUGCUUCAGCAAUGGCUUGGAGCAUCAUCCCACAUUACGGCUGGGGCUUCAGUAUGGGAACCAAGUACCACUUCCACAGCUGGAGAGUCUUUGUACUUGUCUGCUCUCUGCCCUGUAUCGCCUCCCUGGUGGCACUGAAAUUCAUGCCUGAAAGCCCACGUUUUUUGCUGGAGAUAGGUAAACAUGAUGAAGCCUGGAUGAUCCUCAAGCAAGUUCAUGACACCAACAUGCGCGCCAAGGGUGAGCCAGAGAGGGUUUUUACGGUUUCCUAUAUCAAAACUCCAAAGCAAGUAGAUGAAUUUAUUGAAAUCCAGAGCUCAACAGGGACCUGGUACCAGCGGUGGCUGGUCAGAAUCACGACUACUUUCAAACAGGUCUGGGACAAUGUGCUAUAUUGUUUAACAGCCCAGUACAGGAUGAACACACUGAUGCUGGCUGUGGUUUGGUUUACAAUGGCCUUAAGUUACUAUGGCCUUAUUGUCUGGUUCCCUGAUAUGAUCCGGUAUCUCCAAGAAGAGGCAUAUGAAUCCCGAGUGAAGAUCUUUGAUGAGGAAGAAGUGUCACACUUCACCUUUAAUUUCACCCUGGAAAACCAGAUCCAUAGAAAUGGGGAAUACAGAAAUGAUAAAUUUAUUGGCAUGAAAUUCAAGGAAGUGAGAUUUGAGCAUUCAUUAUUUGAGGAAUGCUACUUUGAAGAUGUGACAUCGAGUGAGACCUUCUUUGAAAACUGCACCAUCAUCUCUACUGUCUUUCAUAAUACUGAUCUCUAUGAACACAAAUUCAUCAACUGUAGGCUCAUAAACAACACAUUUCUGGAGCAGAAGGAAGGCUGCCAGCUGGACUUCGAGGAGGACAAUGAUUUCCUGAUCUACCUGGUCAGCUUCCUGGGCAGCCUGUCUGUGCUGCCGGGCAACAUCAUCUCUGCGUUACUCAUGGACAAAAUAGGGAGGAUAAAGAUGAUCGGUGGCUCAAUGUUGAUCUCGGCAGUGUGCUGCUUCUUUCUCUUUUUCGGCAACAGCGAGUCAGCAAUGAUCGGCUGGCAGUGCCUCUUCUGUGGGGCCAGCAUUGCUGCCUGGAACGCCCUGGACGUGAUCACCGUGGAGCUCUACCCCACUGACAAAAGGGCAACGGCCUUUGGCAUCCUCAAUGGGCUUUGCAAGUUUGGUGCCAUCCUGGGGAACUCAAUCUUUGCCUCCUUUGUAGGGAUAACCAAGGUGGUUCCCAUCCUUCUGGCUUCCUCUGCUCUGGUUGGAGGUGGCCUGCUCGCUUUGCGCCUGCCAGAGACUCGAGAACAGGUCCUGAUGUGAGCAACUGAGGCCGGGGGGGUCGGGGGGGGCAGACGUAGAAGAAGAACAAAAGAGAGCCGUGUUUGGAAAAAUCAAAAUGUCCAUUUCUAUACUGUUCUGCCGAUACCUCAAAGAGAGAGGCCAGAGGGAAAGAAAAGCCCAAAGGGAUAAAAAUGAAACCCCUAGUUUCUGACCCUUUUACAGCCACGACCGGUGCAUGCAGCUACUACACACCCCUUGCAGAGCUUGGGUUUAACCUUGCCUACACUGGGAGUCUACCCUUUCCCUCUCCAUCCCAGUGUAACGACACAGGAUGCCAACAGCGGCUUCGUGCAUGUGUGCGCCUGCGUGGGUGUGAGCGUGUCUGACGGGAGAACAGAUCCUGACCCCCUUAUGCCUUUGCCGAGCUGUGAGAUACUGCCUGCCUUGCCCAGCACUCCUUGGCAAUUCAUAUCAGCUGUGCUCAGACAAGAGAGGCAUCUGAAGGGGAGGCAGGUAACAAACCUGCUGUAGGUGAGCUCCAGCAAUAGGGACAAGGGCUACAAAUGUGACUAGUGGCCCUAUCGGUCUUGAUUUUGGGGUUACCACCUGAAAGAGUGAGUCAGUCCUGAUUUCUGGAGGAUAUGAGGGUGGGCGCUUAGCUGUCUCAGAAGAACCAGGGUCUCAAAGCCCUGUACUGUCUUCACUUGGGCAUAGAGAAUCACUAGGCACCUUUUUGGUCUGGGAGAGAAAUAUAUACAUAAUUUUAUAUACAUAUAUAUAUGUAUUUACACAUACUUGCAAACAUACACACACACAUUGAAGUGAUCAGCUAUUGAAAGUUAUCAUUUUUAAUUUCUGCACCCUUAAGAAGAUCUUAAGAGAGACACUAAAAACUAAUCCCACUAAUUCAAGAUUAUCUGGACUCAUGAUCAACUUAGUGACACUUCAUUCUUUACAUCCAGACACGGAAUAUUUAAAUGUUUUGAUGGCUGGGAAUAUAUAUUUCUAUGAUGAUUAAGAAUUUUUUUCCUACAACGUUCACAGAGGAGAAAUUGAUAUGAUGUUGGAGCAUUCCACAAACCAAAUGUGUACAUAUUAUCCAGUGUAAAUAGGGGACUUUUUGUGUAAUACCUAGAGUAUGGUAACUGUGAAUUUACCAGCAUUUUAGCCAUAUUAUUUAAAGAAUAUGAUGCUUGAUUUUCUUAUAUACUUGGGUCUCAUUGAAACACUGUAAGCACAGUUACUUAAAGCCAUUUAACUUGUGACACAGGGAAUGCACGCAGAAAGCUUUUACUGUACAGAACAUUAAAUUCUCCAUUAAGUGGCACGGUUAAGUUUGAUAUCCUGUAAAGACCAUUUUUGAAAUUCCUAUGCCCUUUUUAUCAUAUGACUUAAGUCCUGUUGCACCUAGAAGCAGUGAGUUGUGUAUUUUGGGAUAUAUUUUCUUGGGAAACAAGAAUGAAAUGCAUACUAUUAAAUAACACCACCAAUGCUCACAAUUGACUAGAUAGCGCUAAUUAGACCCUUUCAACAAGCUCAGCAACAGACCAGAAUUGAUCAGAAACUGUCACAUAAUGCAGAAAAUUUGUCUCACCAGGAUAUUUUGUGACAUAAAAAAUUCUUUUGUACUUGUGCUAAUGAUCUUCUGAUUUACCUUUCUUUGGAUCCCUCUUGUUUCCUUCUUUCUUUUCUUUUCUUUUCUUUUUUUUUCCCUAAGAAAAACACACAGGGCUAGGCUGAAAUCCAGCAGGACUGAAGUCUAAUAACUCUGCCUUCAGCUGCACAGAGACAGUCAAAUACACUAAGAGCUGACACCAGGGCCAGCCCCACGCAACUGUGGGAGUCAGUGUUGCUGCAGAGGACAGAUGAAGGACACAGAGCAUGGUUAGAUCACAAGAAACAAAUCCUUGCCGAUGAGGCAAAACCCUUUAAUAAGCAUCAUCUUUAUCAUUAUGUCAAUCAGGGAUAAACACUUACGGAGCAGCUAGGCUGCAAUGGGCUCUUUGGGAUUUUUGAGAUUUAUUCUGAGGUUUAUGAAAUUGAUAAAAUCACAAGCUGCUGUAAUAACUGAGCUUAUUAUGCCUCAUUUCUUCAUUUUAUGGGUAGCUUAGGGCCUUUUUUUGAUUUGUCUUCAAAACAGCAAGGUUCCUUCUCUAAGGUAGGAGUGAAUGUAAUUAUGUCCUUUGGCAGCGGUUCACAGCUUCUGUUGAGAAUCACAGCCCAGAAUGUGGUUUUUUUUUUUCUCUGAGAAUGUCUGGUCCUUUUGCAUGGUGAGAAGCAGCUAAAUAUGUAUUUCAACACAAAAGAUCACCAUGGUCUUUAUGUUUCAUCCAUUUUGUUGAGCCGUGCAUGCCAAUUACCACAUUGCAAUUGGGAGGGAAAAAAAAUUGUUUCAUUUUCUGGGCUAUUCUGUUGUGCUGCUUUGUGGAGCCAGAACUUAUCUCUAUUUAUUUUAUGAGGCACUCUUAUUUACAUAUCAUCCAAUGCUCUGACAGCAAACCUGACUAUUUGUGUUCUCCAUUGACAAUUGCACACUGACACUAAUGACAUCAUUUAUUUUGCAAAACUUUUCUGUUAACUUUCAGGGAGGGAAGAAAUUGAGGUCUUGAGGAGAUAGAAAUGGCAAGGUAAUAUUAGGAAAUAUUAUCCAAUCUUAGAAACCUUUCUACUUCACAGAAUGGCUCUCUUGCAGGCUGCUAAACCUCACCUUUGAGAGAUUAGCUGUGACAAGGUAAAGAGCAAUAGGGUCUUCUUAUCAAUGUUACCCGGGCUACCCACACGACUGUAGAAACUCUUUGCACCCCUAAAAUGCAUGGGUCAGUCACCUGAGGGCUAGGGGUUGAUGCCUGUGUGUCAUGACAAGGCUCCUGUCCCUGACUUGACCAGGGAGUUCAUGACCUAAUAGGAAAGGGCAAACACACACUGCAGCUGGUACACAAGGGCCUGGGAAAGGACAACAAUGAACAGAGAAGGAAGAAAGGAAAAGCUAAGGGGAAAUCACGUCGCCUAGCCUUAGACACCUAUGAGUUAGAUGUCUGGAUCUGAACUCAUCGCCCUGGGUUCCCAUUAUUCUCGGUUGAAAGGCAGAGGCAAUAUAUGUGACCACGUUCAGGCACCAUGCCGAGAAGAAGAUGGCUUGCCCUGGAUAGCCCUGCUCCUCUCCUUCCGUAACAGAGAAACCCAGGGCAAUGGCUCCAGCUCAGGCAUCUGCCUUUGUGACACCUCAGCUGAUGUCUCCCAUCCAGCUUCAGUGUGAACAAGGCUUAGUCAAUACUCCUGAUGUGUUUGUUUAUUGUCCUUGUCAUGGUGUAAAUCAGUGUGGGCCUCACACACUGCUCUCCAGAGCAAAACGGUUGAUGGGUGCAGUCCCCUCAGCACUGGCUGUGUUUUGAUUUGGGUCUCAGUUUCAAGCCGUGGGCUACCUGCUAGUUUGAGCCCGAGCUACAGACCCUGGAGCACCGAGCAGGGGGAGAUUUCUCAUCAGGCACCUCCUCUGAUGGCUUAGCUUUAUUUCUACUGUAAAAUCAGCAUUACACCUGCAGUGCAAGGGCCAGCAUGCCUCCUCCAAUGGUUCCCCCUGCCUACGUCUGCCACAGUGAACAGUUUCCUUGUCUUGGAGUUUUGAUACACUGGACCAUCCACAGAGAAGAGGAAAAAACUCCUGACCACAGGUCCACUGACGAUCCCCGCAGAGCACGAUUUCCUUGGAUUCAUGAACUUUACAGCAACAGGAGCACAGACAACCAAGACAGGGGACUUGCCUUAAAUCCCGAAGACCUCUUCUAGAGGACAGCUGGACCUCUUCAUGCAUGCGUGGCACACCAGUCCAGCCACUUAGCCAGGGACUUUGUGGCAUGGGAAAGGUGGUUCUAGGGAACUUGAACUGGCCUGCUCUGACUUAGUGUCUUUAUCUGUCCAGCAGUGUAAUGUGGGUCACAGGAGGAGUUCAUCACUGAGCUUCUGAGCAUGCAGAAACAGGCAUUUAGAGCACUGUUGAUACUAUUACAAAAGACCAGUGGUAUUACGGUAAGAGUUCUGCCUCCUUGUGUUCCCUGUUGAUUUAACUAGUUGUCGUAUGACUAUUCCUUUACUUCAGCUGUGCAGGACAGCUCCUGCCACUGCCUUUGGCUCUGCUACAUCCUACUGGUGGUGGCUGCAGCUUGGGGCUGGAUGGAGUGAUCCCUUCCUCGCCCAUACAAUCCUCAUCCCCUUGAAAUGCUAUGUGACUUACAAACAGCGGUGCAUGGAUCUUUUGGACUAAGAAAAGGGUCACUCUUGGAAAACCCAUAUCCAGAGCCAGAUGUUCUGCACACUGGGGAGUGGACAGCUGCAUGGAGCUGAGCUUUCUGCACACGUGCAGGUCUCUUCCAGGUCCUGCUUUGAGACCUCCAACAACAGAGUAUACUCUGAUACUGUUAAGGAGGCCCUAGGUCUAUUUAUGUUCCCUGCUUAUGUCCUUUGACUUCCCAAAUGACACACAAAACUGGAAGGUAUAUUUUUAGGUUUAUGUAGAUUUGAGCCCCAUACAUUAUAUUUUCAUCAAGUUUCUCCCUCAGUUUCUUACCCUCGUAUUAGCAAAUGCUGCUUUUAGGAAGAAUCAAGCCUGGGAACUGCAAAAGAAACAAAAUGAAAGAAAUUUCUUUGCUGUAUGUGAUGCUAGUGCUGUAUAAAUGUACACACACUGCAAGUUCCACUGUAAAUAACACCCAGUGUUGUGCAUUUAAUGAAACAUUUCAUUUAGAUGUUCUGUCGACUCAGUGUGUGAAAUAGCCAAUUCCAGUCCCUUGGUUCCUUUUCUUCCUUUGAAACCUUUCUUCUUUUAUUUUUUUUUUUAUUUCAUCUGUGUCUGGUUGUCACUGGAAAUUGCAGCUAUUCCAAUGGACUUUGUUUUUGUUCUCUCCGUCACAUUAAAAAGCUGGAAGAAAAAGAA